UGUCGCCCGCUCUGGUCACACUGGCUGUGCGUGUGCAUUGCAGUAGGAAAAUUUGGGUGGCGGAAAAAAAGGAUUGGUGUUCCACGUAGAGCGUUGCUUUUAACGCAGCACGAUUCGUGACGAUGCUCACCACAUUAACGGACCUCGCCCGCCUGUGCAGGAUUUGCCUGCGUCACCUGCGGGAUCGCGACACCCAGUGUCCCGAUCCGCGACUCAUCGCGAUUCUGCAGAAGUUCCUGGACAUCGACAUUAAGCAGCAGCCGCAGGGAUUUCCCACGGAGAUCUGCAACCUGUGCCACAACGCGGUGGUCUACUUUGAAGAGCUGCGCCAAGUGGCCAGGGAAUCCAGCCAGAAGCUCAGCGAAUGGCAGCCAAUGGACAUUGCGGUCGACAGGGUGAAGGAGGAGCCGCCGGACGAAGGACUCGGAGAAAACCCAGAGGAAAAGCACCAGGAACUGGAGGAAGAGCAGGAAAAGCGUUUGGACAGCCUGCAGGUAGAGCUUGCGGAGAAGCAGGAGGAUCAGGAGGAGACGCUCGACGACCGUGAGGAUGAGGAGUAUCAAGAUGAGUACCAGAACAGCCAGCAACAGCUUAGUCAAACCGCUGGCAGCAAACGGCGCGCUGGCCUGGCCUGCGAUCAGUGCGGCAAGCAGGUGUAUAAGCUACCGUACUUGGAGGCCCACAUCCGCAGCGUCCAUCAGGGCUACUCGAAACCCUUCUUGUGCCGCAGCUGCGACAAGUGCUUCACUCGCUACGAGCAGCUGCGCUCUCACAUGCGCAACGCCCAUCCCCAGCUGGAGCAGCUGCAGCAGGAGCUGCGCGACCUCAUCUGCGAGCUGUGCAACCGGCAGUAUAGCACGAAGAAUGCCUUGGGCGAGCAUUUGAAGCGUCAUGCCCAGCGCAAGGAGCACGUGUGCGAGCACUGUGGCGUGGCCAAGGUGACCAGAACGGAGCUACUGACCCACCUGCGCACUCACAAUCCCACCUGGGAGCGCUUCAAGUGCGAGCAGUGUCCGCAACUGUUUCGCCACAAGAGCGCCAUUAGCCGGCACGUUCGGGUGGUUCACGAGGGCCAGCGGAGGUUCCAGUGCGGUCAUUGUGAGAAAAAGUUUGGCACGCAUGCAUCGCAGGUGCGGCACGAGCGGUUGCACACGGAACCCACGGGCUCAGGAGAGGCAGGAAUGGCCGAGGAAUGGCCCUUUGCCUGCGUUCAUUGCCAGAAGCCCUGCGUUUCGCGACAAACCCUCGAGUUGCAUCUAAGAAGGCACGGCGCGAGAAAGACGCACAGGAAAAGAAGGGAGCAGAGUCAGGAGAGUGAAGAGCAGGAGGAGCACGAUCGUGAUCGGGAUCAGGAGGCUCGGGAAGUCCAUCAGGAGCAGCUUCGCAAGAAGAAAAAGCUACGGCAGAGGGAUCUCGCCGUGGAAAUCCACCCAAAUGAGGCAGCCAAGCAGGCGAACAAACGGCACAAUGGGAGUCAACAAGGUGAAGAGUCCCACAAUCCGAAACAGGAUCCUCUGCAGGAGAGUCAAUGCAAACUAGAGCAGGAGGAUGCACUCGAUCCGGAAUGGCAGCACAAAUUAGAGCAGGACGCAGAAUCGCAAGACGUGGUGCGACUGGAAGAGCAGUUCCAUGACCAUAAACUAAGCCCUUCGAAAGCCUUAUGAUCAACCAUAACUAUCCAUAUAUAUCCAAUGAGUUCCCAUGCAAAUAUCUGGGCUGGGAUCUGUGCUGAGUGUUCUAUGGUGUGCGGCACAUUGGCGAACAUUUUUAAAUAUCUUACUUUCAAGACACUUAAGCAUUGCUGCUACAAUGUAUUUAAUAGUUAUAACUACCCGUUUAUGAAAUAUUUUAAGUUGUUAGGGUUCCGUUCCCUUCAUAUAUUUGAAUUAUCCUUGGAGA